AUGACCGUGCCAUUCGAAAAUAAAGAUUUGGAUAAGCUGGAAUAACCUCUCAGCAUUUCCGAGUAUACAGACAAAUAUGUCUGGAGAAACGAACACCUCAACUGGCCUUGCCGCCAAGAUGGAGAAAAAGCGCAAGCGACAGGCCGAGGAGCCCUCCAAGCAGAGCAAGUCCGACGCUCCGAAUAAAUCUAAAGGUGCCGCUCCUGAUGGCCCCAAGAACAAGAAAAGGAAAAGUGGGAAGAACAAGAAAGAUAAGAAAGACAAGGAGGAUCAAACAGACAAACCAAAGACUCUUAAGGGGGAGCCUCUGCAAAAAGAGCGCAAGGGAACUGUUGACGAGGCCAUCGGGAAGAUGGACGGCCGGUUGCUCGCCGACCACUUCAUUCAGAAAGCCAAACGGCACAAUAAGGAGCUGACUGCGGUUGAAUUGAAUGAUCUUAGUGUUCCAGACUCGGCAUUCUUCGAUACAUCGUCAUUUACCUCUUCAAGAACACUGGAAAAUCUUCCUGAAUUCUUGAAAUCAUUCAGUCCUAAAGAUUUAAAUCUUUCAGACUCGUCGGAGAAGAAAGGAACCCCGCAUACUAUUGUCGUUUCACCUGCUGGUCUCCGCGCUGCGGAUGUUGUCAGGGCCCUUCGGAUGUUUCAAACAAAGGAAUCUCCUAUUGGAAAAUUAUUCGCUAAACACAUCAAGCUAGAAGAAGCUAAGCAAUUCCUCGAACGAGCGCGAGUUGGAAUUGGCGCGGGUACUCCGGCCCGCAUCUCUGACUUGAUUGAAGCAGGCUCCCUGAAACUGGACGAACUGAAGCGCGUCGUGAUUGACGGUUCUCAUGUUGACCAAAAGCAAAGAGGGAUCUUCGACAUGAAAGAGACUCAUCUCCCGCUUCUUCAACUGCUCACUCGACCCGAGCUCCGCGAGCGGUAUGGGGCCAAGGGAAAGAAGAUUGAGAUUCUUGUGUUUUAAGCGAUACGCAAUGGCUAUUGUCGGCGUUUACUGAGCAGGGUUGAAACAUACCCUUCAUGUGCAGGAAUUUAACGAACUGAUUGAAACUUGUAUAUAAUAGCGAACCAAAAAGUUAUUUGAGGCUAUAUAUUUCUCCGGCAUUCAAUCUUAGAAAGAAUAAUACAAGAAACAGGUAAUAGUGGCCCUCGC